AUGUCGACGAAAGCGGAAGGACCAUCAUCUCCACGACAAUUUUUUGCGCGGAUUUAUGGACAUCUCGAGGCGAAGAAGGUGGAUGGUACCGAUAACGAUGACGAGGAAAGGUCCAAACCGAAAUCAAGUUUCGAUUUUUCUUCGAAUAUUCUUCUGUAUAAUAGGAACACGUUAGAUGCGGACAAUUCGUGCAAUUCUUCGAACGAUGAAGUUACGCAAGUAAUGGGCAUAAAAGAGAAAUCCUCGGGGCGAGGCGGAAAACAGAAUACCAACGAAACAAAUGCCUUAACGAAUGAGAAAGAGAAGAAUUCGAAUUUCUUUAAUUUGAGAUUGCCAUUGCUCCACGAGCUUCAGUCUGGACCGACUAAUCACCCUGUAUUUUUGUCACAAGUCACGUAUCCGUCUGCGCUUCCGCCACAUUUGCAUAAUUUACCAUAUUUCCCAAGCUCAGAGCACCAUUUGCAAGGAUUCUCAGCUUUUUUAGCUCGCAAAAGAAGAAAAGAAGGACGACCACGAAGACAAAGAACAACUUUCAGCGGUGAACAAACGUUAAGAUUGGAAGUUGAAUAUCGUAGAGGGGAAUAUAUUUCUAGAGGACGAAGAUUUGAACUUGCUACAUCCUUACACCUUACAGAAACGCAGAUCAAAAUUUGGUUUCAAAAUCGACGCGCCAAAGACAAAAGAAUAGAGAAGGCACAGCUUGAUCAAUAUUAUCGGAAUUUUGCAAUUUCCAGCGGAAUGAUAAAUUUACCAAUUUAUGGCAGAAACGGAUUUUGUGAAUUCUGCUUUUAUAAAAAGACAUUUGGAUCUGCUGCCAAUCAUUCCUGUACUUCGAUGAGUCCUAUUACUGGAACUUUCUUGAAACAACCACAAUGUAACAACGGUGAAAGUGAAAUAUUAGACAGUGCAUCAAAUGUAUUGUUUUCUGUUUAA